AUGUAAAUAUUUCUUUGCAUUAAUUAAUAGUUUAAUAAAACUCAAUCGUUCUAUUUUUAUUCUUAAUUAUCGAUAAUUUUUGAGUAAAAAUAGAUUAUUUUUAUUCUUAAUUAUCGAUAAUUUUUGAGUAAAAAUAGAUUAUUUUUAUUAUUAUACUAACAUUCAAAGAAUUCAACUUUUAAAAUAUUCCUGAAUUUAAUUGAUUUAAAAAUGUUGUUUCUAUCUAAAAGUAGAGGGAUUUUUUCUUAAAAAUAUGCAUUUAUUAUUUUAAUUCUAUAGAUACACAGAUAUGCCUUUUUGAAUGGUGUUUUCCCUUUGAUGAUUUUUAAAUUCUUUGCGUUAUGUUAUAAAUUUACACAAAUAUUUUACUUUUAAAAACUGAAUGAUUUAUUGUUACUUUUUUAAAGAUAAUUAAUUACCUUUGAAAAAACAAAAUAAAUUUCAAUUUUUAGAAAUACAAUACUUAAGGAAUCUAGCAAAUAGUAAAAUAUAAAUUAACAAAAGAUAAACACUUAAAAACUAAAUUUUCCAUUAUUUAAAAUGAAUUUGUUGCUGAAAAUAAGAAAUUAAAUUUAGGAUUAUUACUAAAAGCAGAUUAUUUUUGUGGUAAAAAUGAAUGGAAGACCUGUUUUUUUUGGACAUAUUUUGCUUUUUAUUAGGUUUUUUUUUCAUAUACAACUAAUGCUCUCUUAAAAUUUGAUGAACGAAAUAAUUAGCUUUGAUGCAAAUCUGAAUGAAAUAGGAGAUUAUUCUAUUUUUUUUGAUAAAUCUUACUCUUAGGUUAUAUUGUAUAUUGGUAUUGUAAUAACGGCUUUAGUCUUUAUAGCUUUGUUUAAUGAUUUCAUAUUUUGCUAAUUUCAUUUAUUAUAGCUAACUUCUAGUUUUAGCAGGAGAUAUUUGGGGAUGAUUUUUCAGAUAUUCAAUCAUAUACUAUAUAUACCUCUUCUAUAUUUUGGCAUAGAUUAAGCAUAUCAAAAUAACUUAGCAGCUAUUUAUGGCAUAAUAUCUACUAUAAUAAUAGGUAUUUUCGUCAGCAUUCAUGAUUAAGAUUACAGCAUUCAAUCUAUUGAUAGCUUAGCAAAUAGGCUAUCGCCAAAAAUUAUGCUCCUUAAUAUAAUUAUAGAAUCAUGUGUAUGCAUAUCUCUAAGAUAUAUAAGCAAGCCAAAAAUUAUGCUUUUGAUUUCAAUUUUACUGUCUGUUUUUAAAAUUUUAAUUUCUGUUUCUACUCGCAGCUAUGAAAAUAGAAAAAUAAGAACCUUCCAUUAGUUUUUAUCAAUAUAUCAUUUUUUGUUAACUUUAUUCUUGUAUAUAUCUAUUUUACAAUACUCUAAUAUUCCAAUUACUUUAAUUAUGAUACUAAUAAUACCUAUAUCGCUGAAAAUAGCCUAUUUAAUUGAUAAAUAUUAACAUAAUCUUACUCGUUACAGUUUUAAAAAGUAAUUGUUGCUGUUAGAUCCUACAGAUAUAGAUUUCUACUUAAGAGUAUUAAUGAAAGUCCUUAAAUUAGAAUACAAAGAUUACUGCGAAAACUCUUAAUCUAUUAUUUUGGAAUAUAUAACAUAACAUCAUAAUAUUUAUUGUGAAGAUUAUCCAGACUGUUUUUGUAAUAAAGAGCCUAAAGAUAUUAGACAAUAUGAGGAUAUGCGAUUAGAAAAGUAGCUUAGACUUAAAUAUAUAAAUAAGUAUGUGAGAUAGAUGUAUAACAAAUGUAUUUAGGAGGGAAUUGUUAAAACUAAAAAGAUAAAUAAUCUUAUAGCUUUUUCAUACUUAAAUUUUUUAAUUGAAAUCUCGCAAAGUAAAGUCCUUUGCUUUAGCGAAAUCAUUAAACUAAAAAUGCUAAUGAAUUUGUCUGAAAGAGAGGUUGCUUUAUUUAAUUUUAUUUUUUAAAAAGCAGUAAAUAAAUUCACGUAAAUUGAUAUCUCUAGCACUUUGGUUUAUAAAAAAAAGUAAAAUUAAAAGGAAAAUUGGAAAUAUUUUGAAGAAUAGAAACUUAACGAAGACUAGGCUGAAAAAAAAGGAGCUACUUUUGAUGAAAAAAUUAGUGUAACUAAUUAUAUAAUUGGUAUCAAUUUUGACGAGUUAGUCAAUUAAGCAGAAGAAUAAUAUUAUGCUACUAUUCAAGAAAAGCAAUCUUUACUUUAGUUGCUCUUUUAAGAUCACAUAGAUUUAGAGGUUUUAAAACUUAAGGCAUAAAAUCUUAUUCAUUCAAGAAAAUAAUUGCUUAAAAAAUUUUUGAUGCUUCAUAAAAUCAAUUAAAACAGUUAAAAACUCCAGUUCUAUAUAGAAAAUUUUGUUAAUACAUUAGGAUUUGGAUAAAAAAAGAGACAAAUCUUUAAAAAAGACAGAUAGUUCACACUGGAAGGUCUAAAAACUGAUGUUAAUAUCUUUAGUAAAGACACUUGUGUUGUAUUUAUUACACUUGUUAACGAAGUUGGUACUAUAAGAAAGGUUUAGAAUAAGUUUGAAAAUAUUUUCGGAUACUCUAGCUCUAAAUCAAUUAAAUCAAAUAUAAAUAUUAUUAUUCCAAAAUACAUUUAAAAAGUCCAUGAUAAAGUCUUGUCAAAUUAUUUGCAAAACCCUGAAAAUUUUUAAAUCAACAAUUUCAAACUCCAAAUAGCUUAAAGCGAAGGAGGAUGGGCAGUACCUAUUUCUUUAAAAUUUAGACCAGAUUACAUUAAUUUGGAAGACUGUGGAUUAACAGCUUUUAUUUAAAAAGUUUAAAACGAAUAUAGUUACAUUCUUUUGUCUUGCGGAUAUUUCAAAAUCUAAUGUUUGUCUCAAAUUUUAUUUACCAAAAUAUUUGGUAAAUUGUAUUCAUAAAACGAAGUAUAUAAAAUUUAUUUGAAUAGGGUAAUACCUUUAUUAAAUUAUUUUGAGAAGUAGUAGGUCAAGCAAAUAGACCUUGAUUUAAUUAAUGAAGCUGUAUAAACAGUAGCUUUUCUUCCUAAACUAGAAAUAAUACAAAAAGGCUUUAAGCGUUUUCAUUUAUAUGAAAAAUUAGAUUUAGCUGAUUUAUAGAAGUAUGUUGAAAAUCUAACAAUUGAAUAUUAUGAUUUAUACUCUGUUAAACUUAAAUUUUACUAUAAUAAUUAUAAAAAAAUUUAAUUUAACGUUGUUGAGCUGCACAAAUUCAAAAAAAUUACAAGCUAUCAGGCUCAAAAAGAAGGCUUAAUCACUUUUAAGAAUCAGCUAAAAACAUUAAUGAAUAUCGAUUUAAAUAUUAAAAGUGACCUAGAUAUCAUUGACCAGUUUAUGGAAUUAUAAACCCUAUAAUUUUAUUAAAAAAGUGUUUAGUAAUUUAGUAUUUCUGAAGAGGAAGAUGAAAGCUAAGCAGAUGAGUUAAAAGAAAAAUAAUAAGAACAUCAAUUUUUUUAAGGUAGCAAUGAAUCAAAUUAGGUAAUUUCCCUACCUUUGUAAGCACAUAGAGAGGAUAUUUAAAAAGAUUUAUUCACAAAUGAGGAAGAUUUUUCAAAAUUGGGAUACCAUCCAGAUUCAAAUUUAUAAGGAAUAAACUAAUAGCCCUAUUUUAAAUAUGAUGAACAUUUAUAAGAAGUAGAAAAUAAAAAUGCAUAAGAUAGCACUAAUAUUUAUGACUAACAAUAAGACUUAAAAAUAGAUAACUUGAGUAGUUUUAACAACAUUAAUCAAACUAAUAAUUAAGUUCUUUUAUCUCCUUUGUCUAACAAUCCACUAUAAACAACUUUCUAUAACCCUUUAAGCUUACAAAGUGAAAAUAGAUUAAUAUCACCUAAACAGGCGCAAGAUAAAUUUUCAUUUCAAAAGAAUAUCAUACCUUAAAAAUAAGAAAUUUUUGUAGAACAGAAGACUAAUUAAGAGUAAACUUCUGUCAUCAAGUAGAUAGCUACUGAAUAAUACAUAUCAUAGGAAAGCAUCGGUAAUAAUAAUAAUAACAUUAAUAGUAAUAAUAAUAACAUAACAUAGAAAUAACAGCAGUUAAGGUAAAUGUCAUUUGAGCAUUAAGCUUCUGUGACAAGUAUCCUUAAUGAAUAUUAUGAUAUAAAAUAAAAGGAAGUAAUUGGAGAUAAAGCUUAAAGUAAAAAUAAAAUUUUAAACAAUUUAAUUAGCUAUAAUAAAAAAGAUUAAACAUAAAUGUAAUAAAUCACAGAUGAUAAAAGUUCUAAUUAAAUCAAAGAGGAAGAUGAAGAUGAAUAAGAAUUAGACAAAUCUACUUAGGAUUAGAAAAGUAUUUUGCAAAAAAAUUCUUCUAUAUCUUCAGCAAAAUAAAAUGGGAAUAGUACAAAUAAUUUUAAUCUUUGUUAGAUGCUCAAAGAGCGCAUAAGACAAGCAAAAAUGUAAAUAGAACAAUAAAACCAAACCAUUUUUACAAGAAAAAGUUCAAAAUAAUAAACAUAAAUUUAGUCAAAUGCAAUUUUAUCUUCAUAGCGUUUAUCAGUUUUAAUAGGUUAAGGGAGAGAAUCUGUCUUUGAUGAUAGUAAUGGUGCUAUGAGUUCAAACUUAAUUGGAACAAGAACUAGAAUGAAUUAACUUAGCCUUGAAAAAUACUAUUCAAGUCAUUAAUUAGAAAAAACUAAAACCAAAAAAAUAUCAAAACCAAAAAGCUAGCAUUCCCAUAAACAAGUAUUAAAUGCUAACGACUUGACUUCAGAAUAAUUGAGCGAUUCAAUAGCAAAACAAGAAGAAAUAUAAAGAGAAUUAGAAAUGCAAAGAUCACGUGUACUAGGUGCUAGUUCUGUAAACACUAAUUAAAGUUAAAAUUAAGAAUAAAAGAAAAGCAUAUUUAAAAUGGUUAAUUCUGAGAAAAAAAAUUAUUCUCUUUUUAUAUUACUAGUGUUUAGUUUUAUCGCAUUGUCUUCAUUUUCGACCCUUAUACUUUACUAAUAUUUUCAAAAUAGCUCUUAAUUUGACACAGCAUUGCUAAAUUUUAACUAUCUUCCUUGGCCCUUAUCCGUGAGAUUCUUAUAUUCGAAAGUAUUAGCUGAUUAGGUAAUAAAAGAAAUGUUUUGGAGCUAAUAUUUCUAAUCCUUUUAGAGCCAGCCAUAAUAUGAGCAAGUUGUUUAAGCAAGAUAAAAAAAAAUUUUUUAUCUAUACAAAUAAUCUUAUUUGGAUUUUGUUAAUGCUGACAAUGUAAAUUAAAAUUAUUUUACUUAUAUUACAACUACUUAAAUUCCAGUGUUAAUAAGUAAGGAUCCAUUAAUAUUAGAAAAGCCAUAUUUAAAUAUAACAUCAUAAAAAUUGUAAGCUACUUUUCCUGUUCUAUAUUUUAUGGCUUUUAUGUAAGGCAAUUUAUAUAGAAUGACGAUAGAUCAAGACUAAAUUUAUACUUAAACAGUUUAACUUGAUAAUUUCUCUGUUUUUAAUACUUAAGUUACUAAGCUUUAGACAUUGCUAUCUUUAUCUGUUACUGAUAUUACAAACACAAUCAGAAAUCAAGCUCUUUUAAUUAUGAUUUUAGUUAUUAUCGUUAUUUGUAUUUUAGGAUUAGCAAUCAUACCUCUUUAUUAUCAUGUUUAAAUUAAAAAUGAAGAAUUAUUAAAAUUAUUUGCUACUAUAUCUAGUUAAUCUCUUAACGAUAUGAUCUAACCAAUAUAAAUAUCCAUAAUGUCACAUAAAACCUAAACUAAAAUAAAAUAUUUUUAACUUCCGAUAUAUAAAAAGCGAAGAGCUAUUUCUUCGUGCAGUGAAAUUCCUAAGAUUAAUAUAAAAUACAUCAUUUAUAUUAUAAUUGGAAUAUUUCUUAUGGCCAUCUAACCAGUUAUAAGUUUUUUAUAUGUCAACAGCUUUUAUAAUGAAGCAAAUGUCCUUAUUAGUUUGAUACAAAACUUUUACACUACGAAAGCUUAUUGUACUAGUUUAUAAGCAAUAUCAAACUCAAUGAUUUUGAUAAAAUCUUAAAAGUAUUAAAUAUAUAACACAGUUUAUUAUACUGGGAGAAUAUAAUCCCUUAUUAGUUAGUAAACAGAUAAUAUUAAUUCUUUUUACCAAGCAAUACAAUAAUCUCAAAGUUCAAUAAGAUUUGAAAAUGAUUAAUAUAAUAAUUUUUUUUAUCCUUUGAUUACUGAUAAUAUAUGUGACACAAUAUAAAAUAAUCCUUAAUAUGUGAAAUCUUAAAAUUAGUUUGAUAUUUCAACUUGCAAAUCUAUUAAAAGUGGAAUACUAACAAAAGGUUUAUAGAUUUCUUUAAAAAAUUUAUUCGAAACUUAUGCUUUUAUUGGUCCUAUGUACAAUAUUACUGAUUAUUAAUCAUAUACACAGUCUUUUUAUUCAUGGGAAGAUUCUAACAAUUUGGUAGAGCUAGAUCAGUUCUUUGAUAUAAUUACUACUUCAAUGGAAAUAUUAAAAGAUUUCCUGUUAGAGAGAGUAAAUAGUUUUUUAAAUUAGAUGAAAAGUGUUCUAAAAUCACUUCUAAUCUAUUAACUUAUCAUGAUGAUUAUAAUAUUUUAUUUUGGGUUUAUAAAAUUCUAUGAGCAAGUAAAGCUUGAAAUGAUCUAAACAAAGAGAAUGCUAAGUAUCCUUUCAAUAGAAGUAAUCCUUGAUAAUCCUUACAUACUUUCAUAUUUAAGCAAAUAAGAAAGUUGA